AUGCCUUUCCACAUCCUUCCUUUCCGCUCCUUUUCCCUCUCCUCCCUCUCCUCCCUCUCCAAAACAUCAAAAUCGAAAUCAAAACCCCACACCAUCUCCAGAAAAGAACCAAACACCCCCACCCCCCUCCCCACAAUCCGCUCCAUCGGCACCCAAACCACCAAAACCCGCACGCACAGCUCCCGCUGGACGCAAACCCCUCCGGAGAGAUACAUUUCGUUUCGGGAACACCAUGGAGUACAGCCUCCUAGGAAGAGUGGGGUGGAGUGGCCGGCUUGGUGGGCGGUGGUUGGGGGGGUGGUUUUGGGGUGGUUUUUUAGCGGGAUGGCGCUGGGAAUUAGGGGACUUCGAAACAUCGAUACAAAAUCGAUGAGAACGAAACCCCUCUACCAAAAAGAAAGAUUCAUUUCUCCAAAUCUCCAAAUAUAUAUAUACAUACAGAAUAAGUUUUCACGAGUAGUGUCAACAGCAACCUUGUCUCCGAUGCAGGGUAAAUCAAUACUCGUGAUCGGCACAACCACAUCUAGCGAUAAAGAUACUAUACAGAUGGAAUUCUUCAAUGUGUGCCAGGUGAACUAG